UGAGGAAGCAUCUGGUCCAGCAGACACCAACGUGGUGUUACGUUACAAUGGAGAGAUAACCUGGGACAUGCCGGCCAUCACCAAGAGCUCCUGUGUUGUGGACGUCUCCUACUUUCCCUUCGACUGGCAGUGGUGUAACCUCACGUUUGGGUCCUGGACAUACAACGGCAACCAGGUGGACGUUGCCAUGGGGAUGGACAGUGGGGACCUGUCGGACUUUGUGGAGAACGUGGAGUGGGAGUGUCACGGAAUGCCGGCGGUCCGCAACGUCAUCAUGUACGGCUGCUGCUCAGACCCGUAUCCUGACAUCACCUACACCCUCCACCUGAAGAGACGGUCUCUCUUCUACAUCUUCAAUCUGCUACUGCCCUGCUUCCUCAUCUCAUUCCUAGCCCCCCUGGGUUUCUACCUGCCCGCUGACUCAGGAGAGAAGGUUUCUCUGGGCGUGACGGUUCUACUGGCCCUCACUGUCUUCCAACUGAUGGUGGCAGAGAGCAUGCCUCCCUCAGAGAGUGUUCCCUAUAUAGGGAAGUACUACAUAGCGACGAUGACGAUGAUCACGGCCUCGACAUCUCUGACCAUCUUCAUCAUGAACAUCCAUUUCUGUGGUGCAGAGGCCAAGCCUGUUCCUCACUGGGCCAAGGUACUCAUCAUUGACUACAUGUCUAAGAUCCUGUUUGUGUACGAGGUGGGGGAGAACUGCACUACACCAGAGAGUGAGAGAACACCUCUCUACAGUGAGGAACCAAUGUCGGGCAACUCCGCCCUGGCACGGAACCAUUACCACGACGACCUCUACCAUGACGGCUGUUACCAAGACGACUGCCAUCGCCUCGCUCCGUACCAGUACGGCAACGGGCACCUCCAAAACCACCACAGCACCCAUCAAAAUCACCUCGACAACAGUUGUUACGCUAACGGCGGGCACCGCGACGAUCAUUACAGUAACCGUAGUAACCAGAACCAUCACAGCAACCCGAGCCAGACCUCCAAGGGGGAAGGGGGCGAGGAGAAGAGGGAGCCCCUGAGACAUUACCACCACAUCGGGAGAGAGGAGCUGGACUAUCAGGCACCCCCUCCAGGGAACCUCCAGAAUGGUGGGCUGAAUGAGCCGCUGCCUUACCCCAAGGAGAAGCACCUCAACCCAGCCUCGGCCCCAGCCUGCUCCUGCCCCUGCCCACACCACAAACAGGUGGUGUAUAACAUUCAGUACAUCGCCAACUGUUUCCGGGAGCAACGGGCAACGUGUGCUAAAGGGGCGGAGUGGAAGAAGGUUGCCAAGGUGAUGGACCGGUUCUUCAUGUGGAUCUUCUUCAUCAUGGUCUUCCUCAUGAGUAUCCUCAUCAUCGGCAAGGCGACUUGACGGAGGGAGGGGUGGAGAGAUGGAUGGAUAGAGGGAGAGAGGAAGGAGGGAGGAGAGAUGAGCGGGAGGAGAAGAGAGGGAGGAGAGGGAUGGAUGAUAGAGGGAAUGAGGAA